AUGAAGAAGUGGUUGUAUCGACAACCCGUGUUGAAACUAUGCUGGGCGAUACCGCUGUUGCCGUUCAUCCUGAAGACCCUCGCUAUCAACAUCCUUAUUGGCAAGACAUGUGUUCAUCCGUUUGUUGACCGGGAGCUGCCGAUUGUCCCAGACACCUUCGUCGAUCGUGAGUUUGGAACAGGUGCCGUAAAAAUCACGCCAGCCCAUGACCACAACGACUAUGAAGUUGGAAUUCGUCACAAACUUCCUUUCAUCACCUGUAUCAACGAUGAUGGCAUUAUUUCUGCGGGUUGCGGGAAAUUCUCUGGCAUGCGCCGCUUCGACGCGAGAAAAGCUGUCACCGAAGCACUGAAAGAGCUCAAUCUUUACAGAGGAUCGGAAGAUAACGCUAUGGUUGUCCCAGUAUGUAGCCGCUCCAAGGACAUUAUUGAGCCCCUUCUCAAAGCUCAAUGGUAUGUAAAAUGUGACGAGAUGGCUAGAAAAGCUAUAGAAGCAGUCGAAAGCGGAGAACUAAAAAUUAUUCCUGAUUAUCAUGUCGCCACUUGGAAUCGUUGGCUCCAAGGCAUUGGCGUGAUCCAUUUCACUCAGACUCCAGCCGGUGACCCUUGCGAUGAUCACUACUGGGUGUCAGCUCACUCUGAGCAGUCGGCGCUGGAGAAGGCAGCGAAGAAGUUCAACGUCGAUCCGAAGUUCAUCCAGCUUAAAUGGGAUGAAGAUGUCUUGGACACGUGGUUCUCGUCGGGUAUGUGGCCGUUUGCCAUCAUGGGCUGGCCGGAGAACACCACCGACAUGCAGCUUUACUUCCCCUCGAAUGUUCUCGAGACUGGUCAUGACAUCCUAUUCUUUUGGGUAGCACGAAUGGUAUUCAUGAGCCAAGAGUUAACGGGAAAACUUCCCUUCAAAGAGGUAUACCUACACGCUAUGAUUCGGGAUGCUCACGGGCGCAAGAUGUCGAAAUCGCUUGGCAACGUCAUCGACCCUCUCGAUGUGAUAAGAGGAGUCACACUGGCUGAAUUGAAUCGCCAGUUGACCACAGGCAAUUUGGACGCAAAAGAACUUGCUAUCGCCCAGGCUGGCCAAGCUAGAGAUUAUCCUAAGGGUAUCCCAGAAUGUGGUACAGAUGCGCUGCGGUUUGCUCUGUUGGCCUACACGAGUCAAGGCAGAGACAUCAAUCUCGAUGUUCUUCGUGUCCAAGGGUACCGCUUCUUCUGCAAUAAAAUAUGGCAAGCUGUGAGAUUCACCUUGAUGCAACUAGGCAGCGAUUACCAUGCUGAACCAUUCAAGCCCAGUGGCAAAGAAUCCAUCAUGGACUUGUGGAUUCUAUCGCGUGCCGCUUAUGCCGUCAACCGCUGCAAUGCAGGCAUGGAGGCGUACAACUUCACUCAGGUCACGACCACCCUAUACGACUUCUGGCUGUACGAUCUCUGCGAUAUCUAUUUGGAAGCAGUGAAACCAGUAAUAGCUUCAGGAACUGAGGAGGCACGCAUAACUGCUAAAGCAACAUUGUACAAUUGCGUUGAGACAGGUCUAAGACUGAUCAGUCCUAUUAUGCCAUUCUUGUCUGAGGAGCUCUGGCAACACCUGCCCCGCCGUCCAUCGCAGCCACCAUCAAUAAUUGUCCAUGCAUAUCCCGAAGUUUCAGAGUUUCCAUUCAACAACGAGAAGAUCGAAGCUGAUGUCUCGUUUGCGAUGAGCGUUAUUAGAACAGUUCGAUCUCUUCGUUCCGACUACGAGUUGACGAACAAAACAAAAACUGAUCUUUACGCCUCCGUAAGCUCUGAGGAAGACUACAAGUGCUUGACAUCAUUGAUUCCUUUGAUCGAAACACUUGCCGCCAGCAAUAAGGUUGAAGUCCUCUCCAAUGUCGGUUCGAAUGGCAUACCUCCUGGAUGUGCUCAUGUGACGAUAUCGUCAAGAUGUACCGUUUAUGUUGCUUUACAAGGUAUCAUCAACAUCGAACGAGAACUGACCAAGUUAGCCAGCAAGAAGGAGAAAAUCGAGGCACAGAUUGUGAAACUUGUGGAACAAGAGAGUCGGGCUGACUAUGAGGCGAAAGGUUCCGUUACCAGUUCGCAUAUCGAAUACAGAGAAGGCGCCGAACAUAGGAAAAAGCCUAGCAAGAAGGAGAAAAUCGAGGCACAGAUCGCGAAACUUGUGGAACAAGAGAGUCGGGUUGACUAUGAGGCAAAGGUUCCGUUACCAGUUCGCAUAACCAACACGAAAAAGAAGGAAGUCUUGCUCACUGAAAUCCGUAGUAUUGUAACGGCAAUGACAGCAAUACGGAGCUAG